AUGUGGCGCUUCUCAGAAGCCAGUUGGACCUUUGAAGAAGUGGGGAGGUGGAAGUUCAUUGGCAAUUUGCACUUGGAUACUUCGCCAGCACUGGAUUGGGCUGUGAAGCAGGCUCCCCCUAUCAGAUGCCUCUUCGUUCAUGCCCUCCGGUUGUGUCGCCGUAGCAGCUCAUCGAAGUCUUUGAAGAUCAAGAUGCUGAAGGAAUCGAUGGAAGUCAUCAUUUCCGCGUCAGGAGAAUCUCCACAUGAUGGCAUCGAAGCAGCUCUGGCGAAUGCGUCUUUGCAGGAUGGUGAUGAGCAGGAUGUAUCGACUCCGUCGUCGUGCAGUGCUACACCCCCUUCUGUAGUGAAGGCCAAAGCGGCUCCCAUGCGUCGCUACAAAGUGAAGGCUCCUCAGGCCCCAAACCCUGAUGAGAUGGAAACGCAACAGCUUGUUGAUGACUUGGAAAAGCUCAUGAAUGAUGACCUUAUGUGUGACGAUGCUACCCCAGAGGUGGCUGUGGAUCCCAAGGUGGAUGGUUACCGUCGUCAAGCUGCCAAGGAGAUGCAUUGCAUGGAAGCUAUUCCACCGGAGAUGCCCGACAAGACCGACCUUGAAAUGACUGAGCUCAUGGAGAACCCCCCUGAUGCUUACCAGGCACAGCUGGUGGCCGAGAAGGCAAAGAAGAUUCAGCAUGCAGAGCAGCUCCUGAAGAAUGCACAGAGUGAUGGGAAGGUGAAGAACAAGUUCUCGAAACCCGGUCGGGGGCGUGGAAAGGGUCGUGGGAGAGGCCGUGCUGUUGACAAUUCCGUGGCUGAUCCCAAACCUUCUGAACCUGCUGGUGAGAGCAAUGGGAAUGAUCCAACCCCUGAACCAGAAGGGGGAGGUUCCGGCUCUGGUGAGCCUGCUGGUGGGGACCCCAACAUUGAAGUGGCACCUAAAAAGGGGCGCAACCAUCUUACUCAGAGUGAAUUGCAAAAGAUGUGGUCUGAGAAGGCUCCCUUGCUUCGAGCGGCAGCUAUUCCUGUGCCUGCUGACUUUGACCCUACCAGCAAGAAGUCCUUCACAUUGCCCCCUCCAGAUGAUAAGAAAUGCGGGUCCGUAGGCAUUCUGUGGACGUUGGAUCAGAUCUACGUCUCAGCUGUGACCAACAAGGAAGCUGAUGAGUCCAUCCGGGUGAACAAGAAAGGAGGGUCGACGUUGUCAAUUCGAAAGAAGGGCUGGGCUGAAAACUUUACCUUAGCCAAGAAACUGGCAGGUUGGUGA